AUGACUGUAGCGGACAGCCCAGAGACGGUUUUGCUGGAAAGGUCUGUAAAAGGCCUGUCCGCAAAGGGCAAGCCUCAGGAUGGUGUCCGUGUCUAUGGUGGCACCGUGACAUCGAUGCUGCCACGAGAAAGGACAAAGUCUAUUUCUGUGGCAUUGUACGUGUUAAGCUCGUUGGCUAUGACGUCUUUGACGAAGUAUGCUGCUUCUGCUUGGCAGUUCCCAGGGUCCAGUUUGUUAUUGCUGAUUGAGUGUUGGGCUACUGUUGCAGCGUUGUAUGCGUACCAAGGUGGAUACCAACCCUGGAGUUGGAGAGUAUUGCAACAUCUUCCUUUGGCUACAGUUGCCAAGGCACUCAACAUGUACUUGAGUUUCAUCGCCAUGCGACGCACCAGCUUACCUGUUUACAAUAUCCUGAAGCGAUUGCAGCCAGUGUAUGCCAUGGUUCAGGACUGGUACAUCCGUGGGACCUGUCCGGAUGCGUGGGAAUGUUUGGGAGUGGCCUUGAUUUCUGCUGGUACUAUUGUAACUGGUAUCGGCGAUUUGGACUUUGACCUGGCCGGCUACAUGCUUGCAUUGCUGGCAGCUGGCUGCCAGUCUCUGUACCUCGUGCUGGCACGCAAUGCUCAAGACAGAGCCGAACUAUCUUCGAUGGACUUAGUGUUCUAUACUUCGUUCUACAAUUCUAUCCUGUUCGUGCCGCUGACGGCUGUUGAGUUACCAGGCGUUGCAUCAUUUCUGCAAGGCCCAGGGGAAGUGUCUAAUCUUCUGCUGUUCAUGCUGCCAUAUGUAUUCUUGGGUGCCGUGCUGAAUUUCUCAACUUUCUGGUGCACUGCGGAAAACUCCCCUCUUGCCACAGCAGUGGCGGGCACCUCAAAAGGGAUCUUGUCCACUGUCGUCGGAAUGCUGCUGUUCGGGGCGCAUCUAACGGCUCUAGGAUGGAUAGGCCUGGCAGGCAGCACCGCUGGCGGCUUUGUGUAUUCAUGGGCACAUGCCAGGAGCUCUAGAUCAAAAUCCUCAAAGAGGACAUCGUAA